AUGCAGAAGGCUUGCAGCGUCCCGGUGACGAGGCUGCAAAAGAGGAUGGUGCACAUUUUGGCCCAGGCUUGGGAGCUGGGCAUGUCACAGGGCUGCAUACACCUUCGAGACACGCCGCCGCGACAACAGGAGGAAGCAGGGCAGACACCGUGGUCCUCGGGGUCACGAUCACGGAAUGCCAACUUAGCAAGGCAAGAGCUGUUAAAGCGAUUUUUAGCCCGGGGCGGAGGCUUUGUGACUGGCUUGAGGAAUCGGUCCAACACGGAGAUUUGCCCUGCCGAUCUUGAGCUGCCUGGAACGCUGGCAAACAGCCUUGGUGCUUCCGCAGCACACCAAUACCUCACUGGUUAUUUCAUAGACUCCCGGAGUGCUUUGCUCCAGAAACUUGGCCAGCAGAGAUAUCGUCACUUGAGUUUUCAAGAAGAUGCGGCCAAAGUGGGAACACAUGAGGUGCUUGAGGUGCUUGUGUCUGCAGAUGGCCUGGUGAUUUCUUCGCCCAUAAGUUUGUUGCCCCAACUGAAAGAAACUACCGAGAGCACGGCUGCAGACAACUUGGCGAAGGCGGCUGAUUUCGUGCCAAAGACGGCAUUGCAAGAUCUGAAAGGUGCCCAGGGCUCCUGUGGACCUGCGAACUUGUCGCCCACGGAGAAAAUUGCCACUCGUUCCAAGCUACUUGCCAUCAAUCAUUCACUCAAUGCUCUGAUUGACUAUCGCUUCGCUGACAGCCUACCGCCACACGCUUUUCGACCUUGUCGGCAAGGUGAACGAAGGAAUGUCGUUCACUGGAAAAGACUGGAUCUGUCCUACUUGUGGCGACCGGAUUCUAAAGAGGUGGUCUGGCAGACAACCCAGUAUCCAGGCUGGGAGUCCAUCGUGAGAUUGAAUGCCCUCCAGGACGAAGGCGACGCUGGAGGAGCAUAUCAGCUUGCUCAAAAUGGGCUCGCGAUUUGUGUGCAUCGGGAUACGAUGCAUAAAUUACACAGAGAGGAACUUCUUGCUGCCCAGGAGGUGCCAGAAAUCGUGUUGGCACGAAAACAGAUCAUGCUGGUGCUCAAAUAUGAGCGAGCACCAUGGAAAACAUCUUCGUUCGGACGGAGAUUGGCAGAGGCAAGAGACCGGGUCGAUGAAAUUCCUGCUGAUCAUCCAUUGGUGCAGCUCGUCUCUGGGGGGGUGAUCUCCGACUUGAACCUCUCGCCCGAUGCCUCUCCGAGUCAGGUCAAACAGGCGAUCGUGGCCUAUGCCCGCUCCAGGCAAGGAAGCAUUGGUGAAGAACACAAGUCUGGUCGCUGGGCCGACCUGCUUGAUUCUUUUCGCAAAUUGAGACCGGCAUGGCACAUCCGUUUAUUUCUGCAUUUGUAUGCCAUGAUCUUAGAGGGUCGCAGCCCUUGGCAUGCUCUUUCGCAGAGCUUGGACAAGGCAGGCUCCGACGACGACCUUGCUUUGGCUCCCAAAGUGCUGCGGGUUUUGGUGCAGCCUCUCAUCCUGGCAUAUGGAAAGAGCAUUUACUAUUGCCUGCAACCUUUCCGAAGCUUCCAAGCAGCGGAGGUGCGAGAAGAUCAAUCCGUGGCGGGAAGCCUCCGGAUUCGUUCUUACGUGGUUAAGCAUUGGUCGGGUUUGAUCCGGGACACCUUCAAGUCUGCCUUGUGCAAAGAGACUAUCCAGGACUUGAUUUGCAACAUCGACGACCCCGAGCACCUAUUGGCAGUGCAUUGGAAGCACGUGGUGGCAACCGUGCGACGUUUCCACGAUUUUUCUACUUUGUAUGAUCACUUUCCACAUCGCUUCUUCAUGCUUCUCGACCCCUCGCCCGAUGUUGCCCAGCAGUGUCUCAAACGAAUGGAAUCAGAAUGGCGCUUUUUGCUGAAGCAGGAAGAGGCGGCUCACAAUGCCAGCGAGCUGUAUCCUCUCAAUGCGGUGCCACACGUGCGGUGGCACUGCUACCGCGAAGUCAUGACAUUUUGCCAAGAACGGCAAUGGAAACUGACGGACGAGGUGAAGGAGCUGGUCCGAAGUUGGCUCGCUGACCCUUCGAGCACGCUCGGAUGUGAGAACUGCUUUCGCAGCCUACGCCUGGGAGAGAAAGGCCAGGCUGGUCGGGAAGUGGCGCCAGUGCAGCUGCAAACUGCUUCGAUAAAAGCCGUGGCCGAGCGAUACGACAGUUUCCAGACCAUCUCUCCAUCGCCAUCCGUGGUGCAUUCUGUGCCGGUCAAGCAGGUCAUCAAGAAUUCAAUUUUCAGUGCAAAACGUGACACUGCAGCGAACACAGGCCUGCAGGUUUCUUCAAUCGCAAGGCUCUCAACUUGUGGGCGACGUGCAAAAGGCUGGACGGUAACCUGUCCACCGUCUGGACCGCAGAACUCGCCCGCAGUGGCCAGGAGACUCUUCCAAUUUAGCAUUGUCGUUGUUAUCACAUGUAGGUCCUUCUUUACAAACGCAUUCGUUGCUCGGGCUGCCGACUUAGUUCAAGCCCUUGUUUGUUACAUGCUGCUUUGUGUAGGUGUGGCAGCAUCAAGAGGAUAG